AUGAAUUCAAAUGCUUCUCCAAUUGAAACUGAUUCUGAAGUUUUUGUUAAAGAAAUUGAUGAUAUUGAUGAAGAUAAUACUUUUAUUACUUCUGAAUAUUGGGAACAAGAAUUAAAUGAGUAG